AUGGCCAAAAGAACUCUGGGUGUUGGUAAACAAAACAAAGGCUUGAAAAAGCAGAAAAAAUCCGAAGCAGGCACUGGCGCCGCCGCUUCUCCGACUCCAGAGACCACACCAGCUGCCAAUCAAAUAACUGUUGAGGUGGAGGAAAACGUAGAUCCAGAAAACGAGUUGGUGCAGCUCCGUGGUCUUUGGGACACCUAUUUCAAUUCCGAUAGAAGCGAUGAGCUCGUUCUGAAUGGAAUUGUUCACGAAUGCGACCGUAUUCUUCGUGAAGCAAACAAAUCAGACAAAAACGAUGAAAAUGCAGCGUCAUCAACGCUCACAGAUGAAUUCUAUGCCAUUUUCGCAUUGGCUUUGAGUGAAUUGACUAUUUUUAAAGCCGGAGAGGAAGAAGAAGAAGAAGACGAUGAUGAUAAAGACGACGCAAAGGCCAAAAAAACUGAAAAAGCCGUUUCGGACUUUUUCGACGCCGCGCUCGAACGGUGUGUCAGUCGUCUGGAAAAAGUGCCAGAAUCACCUCUUUUGCUGCUAGUGAAGGCCAAGAUCGCAUUGCAAAGAAUUCCGCUUCAGUAUAUUUCCAAAUUGACUGUCACAGAUAAAAAUGCGUCGAAACUGAAACUGCACGAAAUGCUCGAGCAGGCAAAGCAGGAUUUCAAGGCCGAUGUGAACUAUCCAGAGCUGGUACUCGAGGUUCUGCAGCAGUUUGACGACUUACUCGACAUUGUGGAAAACUUUGGUCACGAAGACGAUAUCGACGAAGGGCUAGAUAGUGAUGCAGAGGACGAGCUAGAAGAAGUAAAGCUGUCGUCCAAACACCCUCUUUAUCAGAUUCGCGAAGAGCUUCCUGAGAAUUACGCAUUUUUGCGCGAGCAAUUGAAGUCGCUACUAAAGCUCGUCCCGCAGAGCAAGGGCAAGCUUUACCGCUCGAUCUCCAGAAAAUUGGGUCAGCUACAUCUAACCGCAGCUGAGAAACCGUCCCAGGUUUUCUUGCAUUUGACUUAUGAAAACGACGAGGACGAAAAGGACAUCGAUGGGUUAACUGCACCAGUGGCUCAAACUGAAGCGCUCGGUUUCGUCACCGAUGCUGUGAAAUACCUCGAACAAGCAAGUGAAGACGAUGAGCCCCAGACCUGGGUCGACGUCGCAGAAGCUCUCACCGACGCUGGUAAUUUACAUGAUGCCGAAUCUAAAGAACAAGAAGAGUGCUACGCAAAAGCCGAAAAACUCUUGAGAAAGGCAAACACAGCUACACACGGCAAAUACCAGGAUAUCCUUGAAAAUCUGCUCGCUUCGAAAGAGGAAGAAUCGAGCUAG